AUGAAAAUGAAAAUUCAUUCAAUAUUCAUUCUAUUUUUAUGGUUUUCGGGUGUUCUUUCGAUGGGAAGACCAGUUCAACAAGAAGAAGAAUCAUGUGAAGUUCAAGAAGAGAUUUGCGAGGAAGAUCUAGAGGUUACAACAACCAUACCAAAAUCUCUGGUCUUUGAAGGAGCUGAGAACCAAACUGCGCUUCUCUCAUCAUCAUCAGGAGAUUCUGAAGACACACCAGAAGAGCUGAACUGCAAUACAAUAACAAGUUCAAACUUUGUGAAUCAGAUGAUAAGAUUUGGUCAACCUUUUGGAAGAAAUAAUACAAUUUACAUCUACGGAAAAGUCUUGGAAAAUGCGAAUCGAAGUGAUGUUUAUAUUUAUCGAGGAUUUGAGAAUGAUGAAAAUAGUCAAGAAAUUGCACUGCAUGUUAUUUUGGAUUUUGUGACUGGUUGGAUGAAGAUUUUUUCUGUGGAAAAUGGUGUGGAAAGUGUGAACAAAGUUAUUGCGGUGCCAUUUGUUAGGGGACAAGAGUUUGUACUGCAGAUAAGGUAAGUUAGCAGAAUGAACAGAGUUCACUUGUGCUUAUUGGAAAAAUCGCAGCCUUCUCCAAUAAGGGACUUUCAUUAGGAUUGAAACGGGUUUUAAUCAGGGUUCCGACUCUAAGGCCUCAAGUACUAGUACCGCAUAGUACUUGUACUAGGAAAUAGUACUAAACAGCCUACUGCACUUAACGUUUGAGCAAGGCCUUGUUUAAAAGUACUGUUUAAACAGUUCAUUUAAACAAGGCCUUGCCUAAAAGUACUGUUUAAGCAGUACAUUUAAAAAAAAAAGGCCUUGUUUGAAUGUCUAGGCCCUAAUUCAUUUAGACGCUACCUGUCUAGGCAAGAUGCGGAAUUAAACACGGAAAAUAUAGUACACUAGUACAGUACUGAAAAUGAUCUAGAGCUGUACUAUAAGGCAUGUUCCACCAAAAAAAAUAUUUUUUGAUAAUGAGGUAUUUGGGCACGGGGAACAUUUUGGUGAGGUAUACGGUCGGGAACAGACUUUUAAAGGCUAUUAAAGGCUAUUACCAGACUAUUACACAUUUUCCGAGUUUUUUUUUAAAACUAUCAUAACUUUUUAAUUUCGAAGCUUUUUAGAAAUUUCGACGACCACUGUAACGGUCUUGAGGUGGGCUACAUUUUUUGUGUUGACACCAACUUUCCUACUUUGCUCCUAGGAGGUGAAAAAUGCAUUUUUAUUCGAAUUUUUAUUAAAAAUUGACAUUUUCUAGAGAAAAAACGUGUUUUGCACACCUUAGGAGCAAAGUAGGAAAGUUGGUGUCAACACAAAAAUGUGUUUAAACAGUACCUUUAAACAAGGCCUUGGUUAAAUGCCUUAUGUACUAGUGCAUCGCAAUCAAGGUACUAGGUAGUACUGUACUAGGAAUGAAUUGAAAUUCGGAACUCUGGUUUUAAUGAGGUUUUGUAGCACUAUUUGUUGAUUUUUUCAUCAAUUUCUCACAAUAGUUUCUCUCUCUCAAAUAUUUUGAAGCCACUGACCCGUACAAAAAUUUUAAUUCUCCAGAAAUCUUCAUUGGUCAUUAUAUAUUUACAAAGGGGAUACAAGUUACGUGACACUUUCGCUAAACGCAAGUUCAAUUUUGGGAAAUAUUCGAACAACUGGAGAUUGGAUACAGAAUAAGAUUACAAUGACGUGUAAAUAUGAAGAUAUAUUUUCAACUGCCGAAUAUCCGGUGGCACCUAAGACUGAAGCUGUUCCUGAUUUGGAUUGUAAUGUGAUUGUGAGUAAAACCCUUGAUUUUACGAAUCAAAUAUACCAUCAUCGUUAGCUUAAAACUCAAUUUUUCAGAACGCUGAUUUCUCCAACAAAAUAGUCCAUUUGAUAACUCCAUUCAAAGUCAAUAUGUCACUCUGGUUUUGGGGAAAAUCUUGGAAAACUCCGAACACAGCAGAAGUUUUCUUAUAUUCUGGAUACAAUAAUACAUUAACCAGUCGAAACAUCGUAUUCCAUUUGGAGUUUCAAUAUGUUGAUCCAAGACAGAUGAAAAUGAACUCAAUGAAUUCUCAAGGAAAAUGGGUUAAUCAACAAACUGCACGUUCUCCCUAUUUUAGAGGAUUGCAUUUUGCUGUACAACUUAGAAGAACCUCUGUGGGGAUUGAAUAUUGGGCUGGAACAGAAUAUUAUAAUUUGACAAUGCAACUUGAUCCAAAUGUUGUUAUUGGAAAUGUAAGGACUAAAGGAGAUUGGGAUCAAUAUACAACAAAUAUUAAUUGCCCGAGGGAUCUAACGGCUACCACUAUGACUCCUACAUCCACGACUGGAUCGAGUGUAAUCGAAAAAGACACAACUACAGGAUCAUCUAAAGGUACAACUGGAUCAAGUGGAAAUGUUGGAGAAACAACAUCUAAACCUGAAACUACAACUGGUCUAAGUGGAAUGAACGAAUACACUACAACUUGUGCGACUGAAUCAAGUUCAGAAUCAACUACUACUGGAAUGAGUGGAAAUGUUGGAGAAACAACAUCUAAACCUGAAACUACAACUGGUACAAGUGGAAUGAACGAAUACACUACAACUUGUGCAACUGAAUCAAGUUCAGAAUCAACUACUACUGGAAUGAGUGGAAAUGUUGGAGAAACAACAUCUAAACCUGAAACUACAACUGGUCUAAGUGGAAUGAACGAAUACACUACAACUUGUGCAACUGAAUCAAGUUCAGAAUCAACAACUACUGGAAUGAGUGGAAAUGUUGGAGAAACAACAUCUAAACCUGAAACUACAACUGGUCUAAGUGGAAUGAACGAAUACACUACAACUUGUGCAACUGAAUCAAGUUCAGAAUCAACUACUACUGGAAUGAGUGGAAAUGUUGGAGAAACAACAUCUAAACCUGAAACUACAACUGGUCUAAGUGGAAUGAACGAAUACACUACAACUUGUGCGACUGAAUCAAGUUCAGAAUCAACUACUACUGGAUUGAGUGGAAAUGUUGGAGAAACAACAUCUAAACCUGAAACUACAACUGGUCUAAGUGGAAUGAACGAAUACACUACAACUUGUGCAACUGAAUCAAGUUCAGAAUCAACAACUACUGGAAUGAGUGGAAAUGUUGGAGAAACAACAUCUAAACCUGAAACUACAACUGGUCUAAGUGGAAUGAACGAAUACACUACAACUUGUGCGACUGAAUCAAGUUCAGAAUCAACUACUACUGGAAUGAGUGAAAAUGUUGGAGAAACAACAUCUAAACCUGAAACUACAACUGGUACAAGUGGAAUGAACGAAUACACUACAACUUGUGCAACUGAAUCAAGUUCAGAAUCAACUACUACUGGAAUGAGUGGAAAUGUUGGAGAAACAACAUCUAAACCUGAAACUACAACUGGUCUAAGUGGAAUGAACGAAUACACUACAACUUGUGCGACUGAAUCAAGUUCAGAAUCAACUACUACUGGAAUGAGUGGAAAUGUUGGAGAAACAACAUCUAAACCUGAAACUACAACUGGUACAAGUGGAAUGAACGAAUACACUACAACUUGUGCAACUGAAUCAAGUUCAGAAUCAACUACUACUGGAAUGAGUGGAAAUGUUGGAGAAACAACAUCUAAACCUGAAACUACAACUGGUACAAGUGGAAUGAACGAAUACACUACAACUUGUGCGACUGAAUCAAGUUCAGAAUCAACUACUACUGGAAUGAGUGGAAAUGUUGGAGAAACAACAUCUAAACCUGAAACUACAACUGGUACAAGUGGAAUGAACGAAUACACUACAACUUGUGCAACUGAAUCAAGUUCAGAAUCAACUACUACUGGAAUGAGUGGAAAUGUUGGAGAAACAACAUCUAAACCUGAAACUACAACUGGUCUAAGUGGAAUGAACGAAUACACUACAACUUGUGCGACUGAAUCAAGUUCAGAAUCAACUACUACUGGAAUGAGUGGAAAUGUUGGAGAAACAACAUCUAAACCUGAAACUACAACUGGUACAAGUGGAAUGAACGAAUACACUACAACUUGUGCAACUGAAUCAAGUUCAGAAUCAACUACUACUGGAAUGAGUGGAAAUGUUGGAGAAACAACAUCUAAACCUGAAACUACAACUGGUCUAAGUGGAAUGAACGAAUACACUACAACUUGUGCAACUGAAUCAAGUUCAGAAUCAACUACUACUGGAAUGAGUGGAAAUGUUGGAGAAACAACAUCUAAACCUGAAACUACAACUGGUCUAAGUGGAAUGAACGAAUACACUACAACUUGUGCAACUGAAUCAAGUUCAGAAUCAACUACUACUGGAAUGAGUGGAAAUGUUGGAGAAACAACAUCUAAACCUGAAACUACAACUGGUCUAAGUGGAAUGAACGAAUACACUACAACUUGUGCGACUGAAUCAAGUUCAGAAUCAACUACUACUGGAUUGAGUGGAAAUGUUGGAGAAACAACAUCUAAACCUGAAACUACAACUGGUCUAAGUGGAAUGAACGAAUACACUACAACUUGUGCAACUGAAUCAAGUUCAGAAUCAACAACUACUGGAAUGAGUGGAAAUGUUGGAGAAACAACAUCUAAACCUGAAACUACAACUGGUCUAAGUGGAAUGAACGAAUACACUACAACUUGUGCGACUGAAUCAAGUUCAGAAUCAACUACUACUGGAAUGAGUGAAAAUGUUGGAGAAACAACAUCUAAACCGGAAACUACAACUGGUACAAGUGGAAUGAACGAAUACACUACAACUUGUGCGACUGAAUCAAGUUCAGAAUCAACUACUACUGGAAUGAGUGGAAAUGCUGGAGAAACAACAUCUAAACCGGAAACUACAACUGGUACAAGUGGAAUGAACGAAUACACUACAACUUGUGCGACUGAAUCAAGUUCAGAAUCAACUACUACUGGAAUGAGUGGAAAUGCUGGAGAAACAACAUCUAAACCGGAAACUACAACUGGUACAAGUGGAAUGAACGAAUACACUACAACUUGUGCGACUGAAUCAAGUUCAGAAUCAACUACUACUGGAAUGAGUGGAAAUGUUGGAGAAACAACAUCUAAACCGGAAACUACAACUGGUCUAAGUGGAAUGAACGAAUACACUACAACUUGUGCGACUGAAUCAAGUUCAGAAUCAACAACUACUGGAUUGAGUGGAAAUGUUGGAGAAACAACAUCUAAACCGGAAACUACAACUGGUCUAAGUGGAAUGAACGAAUACACUACAACUUGUGCGACUGAAUCAAGUUCAGAAUCAACAACUACUGGAUUGAGUGGAAAUGUUGGAGAAACAACAUCUAAACCGGAAACUACAACUGGUCUAAGUGGAAUGAACGAAUACACUACAACUUGUGCGACUGAAUCAAGUUCAGAAUCAACAACUACUGGAUUGAGUGGAAAUGUUGGAGAAACAACAUCGAAACCGGAAACUACAACUGGUACAAGUGGAAUGAACGAAUACACUACAACUUGUGCGACUGAAUCAAGUUCAGAAUCAACUACUACUGGAUUGAGUGGAAAUGAUGGAGAAACAACAUCUAAACCGGAAACUACAACUGGUCUAAGUGGAAUGAACGAAUACACUACAACUUGUGCGACUGAAUCAAGUUCAGAAUCAACCACUACUGGAUUGAGUGGAAAUGAUGGAGAAACAACAUCUAAACCUGAAACUACAACUGGUCAAAGGGAGACCGGUGAGGAAACCACAACUUGUAUGACUGAAACAAGUUCAUCGAACCCAGAUGUCUCUUCUACACCUAUCAUUGAUGAUACAACUGAACCAACGUCAACCAAUCCAGCAUUAAAAUCUAGAUCAACGUUUGAUGAAGGAGCUACUACAAUUGCCAAUGUUUCUUCAACAACUGAAGGUUUGAACUAAAAUUCGAAUAGAAUUAUUUAUCAAUGAUAUUUUUAGAUCAAGAAGAAAGUACUAAAGCUCCUGAAGAGGAAUGUGUUGAAGAUCGUGUAGAAGACGAGGAAGAAUGUCAUGAAGAAGAAGAAGAAAUUCAAAAAAGUAAGUUGAAAAAUCUGACCUCCCAUCGAUGUUUGGUUUUUCAGAAAAACAUCAUCAUCAUCAUCGAGAGAUCAAAGAAAAAGAGGAGUGUCCAGAGAAAAAACAUCACAGUAAUUCAGAUAUCAAAAAUUGAAAAGAUUUUCAAAUUUUCAGAAAAUCGUCUGCAUCCUCGUCACAUUUCCAGUUCCAAAAGAUCAAAAAGAGAAGUUCGCGAAGCUAAAAUUCGAUUCAGUGAGAUGUUCGAUGCAUAA